CGCCAGGUACACGUAUCGGUCGCACGAACCAUGUCUUACUUCAACAACGAGAACGCGAUGCCCCAGUCGUCCAACGCCUUCGCCAACGGCUCGGACCAGAACUGCGGUAACGUCAUCACCGACCGCCCCACCACCCGCCUCCACGCGCCCCCCGGCGGCCACAGCAGCAUCUGCUUCGGCGCCGCGCCCGAGGAUCGCGUCAGAUCCACCGUCGCCACCGCCCAGGACAAGGCGACCAACUCGCCCUCCGCGGUGCAGUCCCAGGUGUUCGGCGCGCCCUCUGCCGCGCGCUCCAACUCCUCCAACGCCUUCGCCAACGGUGCGGACCAAAACUGCGGCAACUUCAUCACCGACAGGCCCACCACCAGGCUCCACGCGCCCCCGGGGGGCCAGUCGCAGAUCUCGUUCGGCGGCGGAGACUUUGACGCCCCCGCGGUGCGACGCCCGGACACCGCCGCCUUCGCCGCCAAGGAGCGCGAGCAGGCGGGCAGCGACAUCUUCGGCGCCGGGCCCGCGCCCGUCGCCGCGGCGCCCGAGGUUUGGUCCGCCGAGGAGGAGGUUCCGCCCCCGGCGACUGUCCAGGCGACAAACGAGGACAUCAAGGCGAUGAUGCACCAGGAGCUUCGCGAGCUGUGCCGCGCGCACGGCCUCUCGCCCGCGGGCGCGAAGAACACCCUCGUCGAGCGCGUCUGCGAGGCGAUGGUGACGGGUCAGAUUAAGGUGAUGGUGGCCAACAGGGGCGUCUCCGGCGUGGCCACCGUGGGUAACAACUACAACCGCGAGCAGGGCCAAAACGUGGGCAACUUUCUCACCGGGCGCAACUCCUCCAGGGUCCUCGCGCCCCCCGGCGGAGGCUCCAGCUUCUCCCUCGGCGGCUACGGCUCCGAGCCCGCCCCGGCAUCUCACAAGAACGUGUCCCAGGCGAAGCACCACGAGAUCAUCGGCAACGACAUCUUCAGCGACGGCCACGCGGCUUCCUCCCGCGCGCUCAGCGACGCCAAGAUCGCCCAGCUCCAGGGUCACGACGUGUUCAGCGAUAGCCCCAACGCGUUCGUCCCGGGCAAGCAGGUGAGUCACGCCAAGCUGCAGAGAGAUUACCGGGGCAGCGACGUCUUCUCGGACGUCGCCGAGCCUCGCAGGCCGGGCACGGCGCUGUCCACGGCCAAGGCGAACGACAUGAGGGGCCAGGAUAUCUUCUCCGAUGGGCCCGCUCGGGAGAAGGGGGAGGUGUCGGAGGCGAGGGCCGCGGCGGUGGCGGCGAUGAGCGGCAGCGACGUGUUCAGCGACGGGCGGGACGCGAGCAGGAGGAGCGUGCAGGUGUCCAAGCCGCCGGGCGGGGGCAGCUCAAUCGUCUUCUGAGCAUCGAGACGGAGUGUGGGGGGGCAGGAUUCGAUACAUAGAUGUUUAAUAAUUUACACGGACGCAUCG